AUGGACUCCUCGUUGCUUGAGGUCUGGCAAGCUGCUGCUAGCACGCCGUUCAACCCUGCUGUCGGCAAGGACUCCCAGUUCUUUAUUGCCUUCCUUCUUCUUCUCAUCGGUGUCGGCAUCACCGGUGUUUUUGCUCUGAACCGUUCCAUCACCAACAUCGUGGUGUUGGGUGUACCUGCCUCUGCUACGAUUGCGUAA